AUGUCAAACUCUACAAGUACGGAGACUUCGACGCUGAGUCAGACCCGUCAAAGCAGCAAAAACAUCAACCAAAGGGUUCUCAUCACCGUCAAUGUGGUCGUAGCGCUGGUCACAGCGUUUCAUUUGGGGUUUAGAGUAAGUUUCGAGGGGUGUUAUUGCAUUUGGGGACGUGGAAAGGGAUUUCUGAAGAAUUUGACGAAAUGUCAAAAAUUUGUGACAUUUCGUUCAAUUCUUGUUUUUGCGGGUGCGGCUUGCAGAAAACAGGCGAACAUCGUCAAAGGUUCAUCUCUGGCCAUUUUUUGACUAUUUUUACAAUCUUAUGCAAAUUUUUCAAAGCUAUACAAAUUUUUCAAAAUUAUGCGAUUUUUCCAAAAACCUCAAACCUCCAAAAAAAUUAUUUGGGGCUCGGGAUGAGUUUUGAGGGGCCUUAUAGUGUUCAAGAAUUGAAAUAAACGAUUUCUGGACAAUAUGACGAAAUGUCAAAAAUUUGUGACAUUUCGUCCAAUUCUUGUUUUUGCGGCUGCGACUUGCAAAAAAUAGCCGAAAGUCAUCAAAAGUUUAUAUCUAGCCUUUUUUUUUGACAAUUUUUACACUUCCAUGCAAAUUUUCAAAAAAUCUCAAAUUUCCGAAAAAUCAAAACUUUUGCCAAUUCCAAUAUUUUUUAGCUUAUCUACGCCGAUUUCAUUGGAUUUGGCCCCAUUUUUCAACAGACAGAAGAUCUGCACAACAAGACCUCGUACAACUUUUUUCUCGAGCAUUUCUCCCGUCCUGAAUCACCUCUCUACACGAACAUCACCUGUAUUCUCGGCGCAGUAAUUAUUGUCGCAUUCUCAACAAAAUUCGCCAAGCUUUCGCUGCGAUAUUGCCUCAUUUGGGCAAUUGCGGCUUCCGUUGUUGGAGUUCCAUUUGCGAUUUCGACUUUUAUCUGGCAACUUCAUUGGCUCCAGACCGCCGGAUUGUGUUUGUCGGACUUGGCGUUGGUCAUUUCGGUCUGCUUUCAAAUCUGCAUUGUCCAGGAUUUGUCUAACAACAAGUUCAAGAAGAUAUUUACAUUCUUCACAGGUCAGUUUGGGAUUUUUUGAAAUUUUCAACGCAAAUUGUAGUAAAACAUCUUAGAAAAGUAAUCUUUUAGUGUAUGUUAAUUUUUUAGGAACUGUCGACAUUUUAUACGAUGAAACAUGUUUGGUCGUAUAAAAUGUCCUUUCCGUUUUUUGGCCGAAAUAAUGAAAAAACGUCCAUAAAUGACGAUGGUUACACUGUUUUGACUUUUUUUUGUGAAAGGUGACAUUUUAUACGAUAAAAUAUGUUCCAUCGUAUUAAAUGUCCACAAUUUUUAGGUCAUAUUUUUGAAUUUUGAAAAAAAAGUUUGUAAAAAUCGAUUUUUUUCAAAAAAAAAUGUUUUCAAAAAUAACAAAAGGAAAUUUCUUAGGGAAGGUGACGUUUUAUACGAUAAAACAUGUUCCAAAAAUUCAAAUUUUGUAAACCCUUUUUUCAGGACUUUUCUUCGCCCUAGGCACUUUUGUCUCUUGCAUUGUCUGCCUAGUUACCGUCGACUUCCCUAAGAUACGUCUGACAGUCUAUCUGGGCAUAUUUUUGUUCUCAAUCCCCGCUAUAGUCGGCCUUCUCGUCAUUCCGGACAGCUUAUUCUUUCACAUUGAACAGGACGAAAAAUUGAAUGUGCUGGAUCUGCUUUCAACGUCGUUGAGCACCGAGAACCCGAGUCUUCAACGGUCCUACGAGUUUUAUCACGACUCGAAAAUGUCGGCAGAGGAUGGGAAAUUAAUUUAUACGAGAGCUGUGGCAAAGGUAAGAGGAGAAGAAAAAUCUUAAUUAAAAAAUUUUUUUUUUGUAAAAUACGAACUCCAUAAUCCGCAAUUCAUUUAUUUUCAGUGCGCUUAUGACGGGUUUCUCUACGUUUGGCUGGACAAGAAUGGGCGUACCGUGGCGCUUCUGGCAAUUACGACCAAUGUCCUGGGCGCAGUCUGCGAUCAUAUGUUUUCGCUGAGGUGGUACAUUCAUCAGGCUUAUAUAGUAAGUAUUUGAUGAUAGAAAAUAUUUUAGCCAGUUAAAAUACGAUUCUUAAUUUGUAGGCAAUUUGACGAAAUGUCAAAAUUUUUGUGACAUUUCGUCCAAUUUUUAUUUCGGUUCGCAAUAGUUGAAAUUUUGGAUUUUAAAUAUUACUAUUGUAAUUUGGGAAGGUUAAAAUACGGGCAUACCGAAUUUUUAGUUCAUACGGAAUGUCAAAAAUUUUUUGUGACAUUUCGUCAAAUUUUUAGGUUUGUUCAAAAUAGUAACAGUAUUUGGUUUUAAAUAUUCAUUUUAUAAUUUCACAGUAUUGUAGCACCGUUUUUCGUAAUUUUUCGAUUUGACGAAGUGUCAAAAAAUUUUUGACAUUCCGUCAAAUUUUUUGACAUUUCGUCAAAUUUUUAUUUUUUUCUCAAGUCUUGCCGCAAUUUAUGUUUUUCAAAUUUUUUCAGCCGUUUCAGACCGAGGACAGCUAUACGGCGCUGUUUACAAUCACAUUUGCCUUUCUUCUCGGCAGUUUAUUGGCCAUCCCGGUUGCUUUAUUGUUGUCCAGAAGAUGCAUGUUUGUCAGUGCAUGCGUGGUUCUGCUGUUCUGCGAGAUUGGGCAUGCGAUCACAACAACGGAGAGUAUGAGACAGGAGGUUGGAUGUAAGUUUGAAUAAAUGGGAGUUAGAAAAAUUAAAAUUAAAAAAUUUGAAAAAAAAAAUUUUUGAUUUUUUUUUAUUUUUUUUGAUAAAAAAAAAUAUUUUUUUGACGGCUAGAUUACGAUAUUCCAACAAAAAAUCAAUUUUUCUCCCCAAGUUCUACCGUGAAUUAGUCAAAAAAAUAUUUUUUCUCUGACCGUCUCUCUUCAUUUUACAUGAUCUCUCGUCCACAAAGCUUGGUGAAUAUCUCGGCCGUCCUUGCAAAUCAUGAGCUGAAAUUUUCAGAAGUCAAAAUAUAUUCUAUACAGCGUAGCUACGCGAAAUUUCAAGGUAAUCCGACCUGUGAAUUUUCAGAAAAUUAGAUUUAAAGAAAAAUUUUGAAACCAAAAAAAAAUUUUUUCAAAAUGAUGAUUUUUAUUCUGUUUCAGUCGAUAUAAGCUAUCGGAUGGGAGUGUUCCUUCGAGUUCUGCAGACGAUAAUCUCCGGCGCCACCUUCAGCACACAUGCCUGGACAAUUGGCGCUGAGUUGGCGCCACGAAACAUCCAGGUUUUGGUGACUUCGAUGGGAAUUUCGUGCAGAUUCUUUGCCUCGGAAGCCUUUAUUUUACUCCAUGUGGCGUCAAGUGUGAGUUGAGAUUUUUUUUUUUGAAAUGAUUGUGGGAAAAUUACAGUAAAAAAAACCCGAAAAAAUUGUUAAAAAUUGGAGUUUUCGACAAAUUGCCUAAGGCGAUUAGGCAAAAAUUUUGACUGCUUCUUCUGUAGGGGUCAUAAAUCAAUUCCUGACGAUUUUAGCUCUUGCUUUGCAAAGGUAGAUGAGAAAUUCAACGAUCUUUGCAGACGAGAGACUAUAGAGAAUGAGGAGAGACGGUCAGAGAAAUUUCUUUUUUUCCCUUUCUCUUUGUGAAUUUUGCCUGGAAAAAAAUUUUUUAGAAAAAUUUAAUAAAAUUAUAAGUUUUUAAUAUUUUUUAGCUCAACUUUGACUUUUUAGAAAAAUUUUUAAAAGUUUUACGAUCAAAAAAAUUUUUUUGGCGUGGUUUUUGCGAUUUUUGUGCGGAAAUUUUUCAUUUUUUGAAUUUGAUAAAUUGAAAAAUAAAAAUUUCAAAAAAAAAACAUUUUUUAAUUUCGAAAAAAAAUAUUUUUUUAAUUUCGAAAAAAAAAUAUUUUUUUUUAAUGUCAAAAAAAAAUAUUUUAAUUUCAAAAAAAAAAUUUUUUUCCCUUCAAAAAAAUUUUUCGAAAUUUUCAGGCUUCCAAGACCUUCAUAAUGAGCCCGUUGAUCUGUAUCGUUCUCAUCGUCGGCGCCAUUAUCAUCUCGUUCUACAUGCCUAAAGGCAAUGGCUUCUUCAACAUGUAUUCGUGGUGGAUGAACAUGUCCGAAGACAUCCAUGCCCUGCGGCAUUUCAACCAGAACAAACAGCAGCUGUGUACGAACUACAACUACAGCGACGCGCUGUUGAACCGAUGCAGAAGGGCGCAUAUGCGAGUGGUGGAGAGUGUGGUUGGGAGCAAGUCGAGCAGUAUGGUUUCGAAGAGUGAAAAGUCAGAAAAAGUGAAUUGA